UGACCAUGCCGUCAGACCCGAAAGACGUUAAACCGUUUCCGAAUGGACCCCCGGGCUCAAACUGUCAAAACGACACACAAGACGAAAACAGAACUGACCAUAUCGAAGUGACGUGUGAGUUCGAAAAUGAACAAAUGAAAUUUAAAGUGAAGCCGUCGACCAAAUUACAGAAGAUUCAAAACACGUUUUGUGAGAGGAAAAAUCUGAAGAGUUCAUCUUUGAGAUGUUUCAAUGAAGAUGGAGACCGUUUAGAAUUGAGCUCGACUGUGGGCAAAGCUGGCUUAGUGGACGGAUCCAUGGUGCUGCUACAAAGAGAUCAAACGGGAGGCAGCGACAUAGCAGAACACUUUUCAGUUUCAGUGACUCAAACUUGACAUCAACUUGGCUUUUGUUUUCACGCUCUUCUUGCAAAUUGUUGUCAACGUGCAAUAAUUGAAAAUGUAGUUCUCUUCAGAAGAUAAGGAGAUAUGUUUAGAUACCAACUAACUUUUCUACAGAUUUAGUUGAAGCAGAAAAGGUUUCAAGAUUUUCUAAGCUCUUUUGUGACUUGCUAAUUAAUUAAUUUAUUUGGUGUGUUGUUUUUUUAUGCUCAACUGAGUGCAGUUGGAGAUGCUGUUUUUAAUGCUAUUUUCCAGAUUUGCUUAUAAAACGAAAUUAAGUAAAAAAUGUUUAACUUUG